AUGACCGAGAAUGAGAAGACCAAUUGCCGUCUAUGCGAGAAAAUCGAAACCAAAUAUCGCAGGCGUAGCGCCGAAGUCGACCGUCUGGACCGGUGGAAACGAGAAGGUGCCACACUUGUAGCCUCAAUGGAUCGAUCUCACAAGAUCAUUAUGGAGUUGGAAAAAGAGAUCCGCACAUUGCAACGGGAGCGGGAUGACCGAAGGGGCACUCUUUCAAGAUAG